UCGUACAUUUGUACUGUCACUUGUCAGUCAUACGCUACGAGUCUACGACUACGUCUUCCAGUACGAACAAAAAAUUAUAUUGUGUAAAUACGAUGCGCGGACUCGAUUCUCGAAGAAGUGUGUUUGACGAAAAUAUUAUAACAAGUAUUAAUAAUAUAUUAGGUAUAUAAAAUCAAUCGCGGUAUUAAAUUAAUCAUUAGUUAAGGCGAAUUCACCGCAACCAGUGAGAGAGGAUGAACACUGCCGGAGAAAUGGGAGCUCCCGGGGACGUAGACACCGCGGCCAACACGAUGAUGGAGACCGAUCUCAAUUCAGUGGACAAAAAUAAACAAGACAGAAAUGAUAUGAAUUCUAUAGAACCAGUAAAGAUUGAUAUCCUAUGGGGAAUUGUAUUAUUUUUUGUUGCUGGUCAUUUGUCAGCUAUUUAUGGAUUAUACUUAGCAUUUACAUCAACUAAAUUACUCACAAUAUUAUUUGGAUUAAGUUCAUGGAUAAUGUCAGGAUUAGGUGUGACAGCUGGACUUCAUCGUUUAUGGUCACAUAAGUCAUACAAAGCAAAAUGGCCUUUACGAUUUAUUUUAAUGUUGAUGAGUACCAUGGCUUUUGAGAAUCAUAUUUACGAAUGGUGCAUGGAUCACCGAAUUCAUCACAAGUACACAGAUACAAAUUCAGAUCCGCAUAAUGCUAAGAGAGGAUUUUUUUUCUCACAUGUUGGAUGGCUUGUAGUUCGUAGACACCCAGAUUACUAUGAUAAAUGCUUAAAAAUUGAUAUGUCUGAUUUAAAAAAAGAUUCCAUUGUUAUGUUUCAAAAAACAUUUUAUGUUCCAUUACUAUUGUUGAUUUGCUUUUUCUUUCCCACAAUAAUACCUGUUUAUUUUUGGAACGAAACAUAUGUCAAUGCAUUUUUCACAACGAUGCUGCGUUAUAUUUUCACUUUAAACAUGACAUGGUUAGUCAACAGUGCCGCUCACAUCUGGGGUCAACGUCCAUAUGAUGCAUCAAUUAAUCCGUCUGAAAAUCUAUCUGUGUCUCUUGGAGCUUUGGGCGAAGGAUGGCACAAUUAUCAUCAUGUAUUUCCAUGGGAUUACAAAGCGGCUGAACUUGGAAAUUACAGAGCAAACUUGACAACUGCAUUUAUAGACUUUUUCUCACUUAUUGGUUGGGCGUAUGAUAUGAAAACCGUCUCGAAUGAUAUGAUUUUAAAACGAGCCAAUAGAACAGGAGAUGGUUCACAUCCUAAUGGAGAUGGAAUUUGGGGAUGGGAUGAUUCUAACAUUUCAACUGAAGAUCGAAAUUUAACAACUGUCAUUAAUAAAAAAGAUGAUUAAAAAAAAUAGUUAUGUUAUCUUUAUACCUUCUGGCGCCUAGCCUAUAUUAUUAUAAAAUGUAACUUAUUAUUUUCAACUUAUUUAUAUUAUUGUAUUUAAAUAAAUUAUAUACCUGUAUUUCAAAUAUCUUUUUAUACUUUUAAUGAUUUUUUAAGUUGUUUUAAUCGUGUUUAUAUUAAAAUUGUACGAGUUCUUAAGUGAAAAUAAACACAAAGUUCGAUUAA